GGGAGGCAGUCAUGAGCCUUGUGUUCGACGAGUAUGGCAGGCCCUUCAUCAUCAUCAAGGAGCAAUCUUCCAAGACCAGACUUAAGGGACUUGCUGCUCUCAAGUCCAACAUCAUUGCUGCUCGAUCAGUAGCUAGCACGCUGAGAUCCUCCCUGGGACCGAAGGGGAUGGACAAAAUUCUUGUGAGUGGCGAUGGCGACGUCUGUGUUUCCAAUGACGGAGCCACGAUACUUGAGAGGAUGGAGGUUGAGAAUCAAAUCGCAAAGCUCAUGGUGGAGCUGUCCAAGUCUCAGGAUCAGGAGAUCGGGGAUGGGACCACAGGAGUGGUGGUCCUAGCCGGAGCGCUGCUGGAGCAGGCAGAGCUUUUGUUAGACAGGGGCCUACACCCUCGCAGAAUAUCCGAGGGGUUCGAAGUAGCAUGCAAGGUAGCAUGCGACCACCUGGACAAGAUCUGCGACAAGAUCCACUUCACCCCCCACGAGACCUCCGAGCUCCUUACUGUAGCGAAGACCACCUUGUCCUCCAAGAUUGUGACGAGGGCCUUGGAUCAGAUGGCGAACCUUGCUGUCAGCGCCAUCAUGGCUGUUGCUGACUUCGAGAGGAAAGAUGUCAACCUGGACUUGAUCAAGAUGGAGGGCAAGGUAGGAGGGCAGAUGGAAGACUCUAUGCUGGUUUCCGGUAUCGUGCUGGAUAAGGACAUCAGCCAUCCUGGAAUGGCCAAGACCAUCAAGGACGCCAAGAUCUGUAUCCUGACAUGUCCGUUUGAGCCGCCCAAACCUAAGACCAAGCACAACAUUCAGAUCGACACUGUUGAGAAGUAUCAGACGCUCUACAAGCAAGAGCAGGAAUACUUCGUUGACAUGGUGAAGAAGAUCAAGGAUUCUGGCGCAACUCUGGCCAUCUGCCAAUGGGGAUUUGAUGACGAGGCCAACCAUCUCUUGUAUCAAAAUGAGCUGCCCGCUGUUCGCUGGGUUGGAGGAGUGGAGAUCGAGCUGCUGGCUAUCGCUACUGGAGCACGGAUCGUUCCGAGAUUCUCGGAGUUGACUCCUGAGAAGCUGGGCAAGGCCGGGGUCGUGAGGGAGGUCUCGUUCGGAACAACCAAGGACAAGAUGUUGUUCAUUGAGAAUUGUGAGAACAGCAAGGCAGUUACCAUCUUCGUGCGCGGAGCAAACAAGAUGAUCAUCGAUGAGAUCAAGCGCUCAAUUCAUGAUGCUCUUUGCAUGGUGCGCAACCUUGUUCGGGACAACCGGAUCGUGUACGGCGGCGGAUCUUCUGAGAUCGCCUGCUCUCUCGCCGUGAGCGACGCAGCCAGCAAGGUCACGGGGGUCGACCAGUACGCCAUGCGAGCCUUCUCGGAUGCGCUGGAAGCGAUUCCCAUGGCCUUGUCGGAGAAUAGCGGCCUCCCCGGGAUCGAGAGCCUCGCGGCGUUGAAGCAGCGGCAGGUGCAAGAGAAGAAUCCCUGGUUGGGGGUUGACUGCAAGAUGGUGGGAACCAACGACAUGAAGAGCCAGAAAGUUCUGGAGACUCUCCACGGGAAGAAGCAGCAGUUCAUGCUUGCGACGCAGGUUGUGAAGAUGAUCCUCAAGAUCGACGAUGUCAUCUCACCCUCUGAGUACGAGUGA